GUGUUCGUGAUGCCGCGGAGGUUUCCAGACUGAGAUGACGUCCGUGUAAUUUGUGACAUUUAGCUUGCUAACUCACACAUUAAGCUAAGUACGUUUUUUUAAUAACACCAUUUCAUCUCAUUUCAUUCCACUGGGCGACAGUAACUAAAACAAUGCGAAAGGCGUUGCUGAGACAUGUCCGUCGGUUUCCGUGGGUCACCAACGUUACACUGUACGGCUGCCUGUUCGCUGGGGGGGACUUCGUCCACCAGUGGUUUUCGCGGAGGGACAACAUGGACUGGACCCACACACGGAACGUCGCCGUGCUCGCCUUCAGUUUCCAUGGCAACUUCAAUUUCUUCUGGAUGCGGUUCCUGGAGCGGAGGUUUCCCGGGAAUUCCGCCGGGAUGGUGAUGAGGAAGCUGUUCCUGGACCAGACCACAGCGGCGCCCCUGGCCACCAGCGUCUUCUACACAGGUCUCAGCGUCUUGGAGGGCAAGGAGGACAUCACAGAAGACUGGAGAGAAAAGUUCCUGAAUACAUACAAGACGGGGCUAAUGUUCUGGCCAUUUAUGCAGUUUACAAACUUUGCCUUGGUGCCUCUAUACUUGCGGACCACCUUCACCGGCUGCUGCGCCUUCGUCUGGGCCACCUUCCUUUGCUUCUCGCGUCAGAGCGGCGACGGCACGGCUGGCGCUGCACUGGCAUGGAUGUUCCCCCCUAAAGAGGAUGAAGCAGAAUCCGUAAAGGAGAAAGUAGACUCUGAGGAGAGCAAAGACGCUCCCAAAGAGGCAACCGUAGCAUCUAAGCCUGCUCAGAACUGAAGAGUGUAGAAUCAGCAGCUUUAAAACGGAAACAGAAACGACCACGCUCUGAACAAGAGCUGAAAAUGUGCGUCCUCAUGAUGCCGUAAGGUGCUUUAAGAAACAACAUCCAGCAAAUGGAAUGUAUAUACAAUAUGUUUUUCAGUAUUCAUACAGCACAUCACCCCCAUUAGAAAAUAUCAUCCACUCCUACUUUUCCAUCCCACAGAGAGCCAUCGCCAUGCUGUAUUUCUCAUCCAUCAGGUUUAGUUUUUUUAUUUUUCAUAACUGCAAUCUUGUGUUCUCACAUUUAGAGAAAGAGAGUUCCCUUAUUCAAUUGGAUCAUGCUUAAUACAGGACAUCUGUAUCUGGGACAGAAGCUGUGAUGAUGGCUGGGUCGAUGUCCCAGAGCCCUCUGCCUCACAGUGGGACAGAAUUACUUCCACAAUGUGGAGUGGCAGCUAAUGUGUUAACGUAGAUUUCUAACUUCGUAAACUUUUAAGUAUCACUCUCUCACAAGUGCUUCAACUGUUAUCUGCGACUGCAACAGAGUGCCUGAUCUGGAAGGACGAUCUGUUUUGGUUCCAGUUUGCAUUCUGGUACGAGAUGUACCAAAUAGUUGUACAGGUGUACACAGGUACCAAUAAUCCAUUAUAUACUAGAGUUUAUUUGUAUAUUAUUAAUGUAAAGGUAUAUACUUUAUACAUAAGGACCAUAAUGAGCUGCACAAACAGGAGAUGUAUGUUCACAAACAGUGCAUCAUUCAAAGCACAAAAAACCCAAAACACUAAAACAUAUCUGAGAAAACAUUUUUCAGUUCCAUAUUCUCAACCAUUGUUUAUCUCUGUUGCGGUUGUGAAGUACUGAAGAUUACUUUCACUUUGUCUAAUAAUGAUUGAUGAACCAUUUACUUGAAUGUGGAAAUGCUGCCUGCCUGUUGUCGUACUUUGUUAACGUGAUAACCUUGAGUGCUCUCUGUUGUCCCUCUUUGCACCAUUUCCUUAUUUUUCAGUGCAGUUUGCUGUUCUGUUUUUGUUUUUUGGACGUCUUAGUGAAAACGUUUCCUCGCCUGCAGUGAUUCUUGAAAUGUAACGUCAGAUACCUCCACCAAGCAGUUUGCCAUAGAGGUCAUUUUUUAAAUAGUGUUCAGCUGAGUACAAGAGCUGACUUCUCUACCUGUGUACAGAAUUUAAAAGGUCUAGGGCAAACUUCUCUCUUCCAUCUUAGGCAGACAAUUAACAAAAAAUACCCUUUCAUUCACUUGUGUUCCCAUGUAUUCCUGAACCUCUCACAGAGAGGUGUGUCUAUUUUUGUGUUUCUGAAAUGGUCGAGUCUAAAAUGUACACGGGAAUUAAUACUGUGAAUAAUAACAACAAUAAUAAUACAGUCUUUGAAAUGGGGUACAGAAAAACAAUGCAAUCUCUACAGCGGUUUGAUCCGUUUUAUUUGACAUUAAAUUGCACCCUUAAGCAUAAUAAUUUAAUAUUAUUGUAGUGUUAGAGUGUUAGUUUGUAAUUAAUAUUAUAUGCUAAUGUGUUACACUCGAACUGGAAACUAUAUUCCCUUUGGACAUAUCAGUAACUGAAGACUGGGUAAUACUGCCAACUCAUUCACAGCUUGGUUUGGUACUUUAACACAGUCUGAAAUUUCUCUUGACUGGUUUUGAUAUCACUAUUGAUCAGUGCCACUGGCUGUAAUGUAUUGAAACAAUGAUUUGAUCACAUUUUGCACUUUAGCUGCACUAACUGGUAGAAAUGAAUGACAUUUAUUGUUGA